AUGGCGAUGAUGAUGACUGGCCGUGUGCUGCUGGUGUGUGCCCUCUGCGUGCUGUGGUGCAGUGCGGCCGAUGGAGAUGUUGUUGUUUCUGGUGGGGAAGACAACAAUCUGAAAGAAUUAUUUAUUCCAGUUGCGAGAUUGCAGGAAAGACAAGAACAAGGAGCAGCAGGAGCAACAGCUGACGCAAAGGCAGCAGCAGAAGCAGCAGCAAAGGCGGCAGCAGCAGCAGAAGUAGCAACAGAAGCAGCUGAAAGAGCAAAAAUAGCAAUAGAAGCAACAAAAACAGCAACAGCAAAAGCAGAAGAAACAGCAAAGGCAGCAGCAGAGGCAGCAGCCACAGCAGCAGAAGCAAAAGCAGCAGUUGAAGCAGCAACAAAGGCAGUAGAAACAGAGGCAAAAGCAAAAGCGGCAGCUGAAGCAGCUGAAUCAGCAGCAACAAAAGCAACAACCGCAACAGAAGCAGCUGAAAGAGCAAAAAUAGCAACAGAAGAAGCAAAAACAGCAACAGCAACAGCAUCAGCAGGAAAAGCAGCAGAAGAAGCAGCAAAGGCGGCUGCAGAGGCAGCAGCCACAGCAGCAGAAGCAAAAACAUCAGCAGAAAGGGCAAAAACAGCAACAGCAAACGCGGCAACAGCUGCAGCAAAAGCAAAAACAGAAACAGAAAAAGCAGCCGCAGCAGCAAAAGCAGCAGAAGAGGCAGCAAAAGAUGAAGCAACAGCAAAAGCAGCAGCAGAAGAAGCAGCAAAAGCAGCAGCAGCAGCAAAAGAUGAAGCAAAAGUAGCAACAGAAGCAGCAAAAACUGCAGCAACAGCAAAAGCAGCAGAAGCAGAAAAAGCGGCAGCAACAGCAACAGCAGCAGCAGAAGCAGAAACAGCCAAAGCAAAAGCAGCGGCAGAAGAAGCAGCAAAAGCAGCAGCGGCAGCAAAAGCAGCAGCAGAAGCAGCAGCAAAAGCAGCAGCAGCAGCAAAAGCAGCAGCGGCAGCAAAUGAUGAAGCAGCAAAAGCUGCAGCAGCAGCAGCAGAAAAGGCAGCAACAGCAACAGCAACAGCAUCAGCAGAAACAGCCAAAGCAAAAGCAGCGGCAGAAAAGGCAAAAGCAACAGCAACCGCAGAAACGAAAGCAACAGCAGGAAAGACAGCAGAGGCAGCAGCAGAAGCACUGCGAGGUACAACAGUCGGAGAAAAGGAAGUACAAACAGCAAUACAUGAUCAAGAUAAUUCAGUCGAACACCAUUCUGAAGAAAAACAAGAGCUUCCAAAAGAAGAGGAACACGAACUACAAGAAAAAGAACAGCAUGAAAAACAGCAACACCAACAGCGUGAACAUUCCGCAGGAAAUGGCGAAGAAUCCCCGAAAGAAAAAACUGCUAAUGGUACAAAUGCAACUGCAAUUAAGGACGACAGUGACGGCAGCACCGUGGUCUCCCACACCACCUCCCCUCUUUUGCUUCUUCUUGUUGUUGCGUGUGCGGCUGCUGCUGCGGUGGUGGCCGCGUGA